AUGGGUUUCAGCCACAUCGCUGAGCGUGACGCCGGGGGCUUCUCGCCCAUGUGCUACGCGGCCGUGCGUGGGGAUCCCCUGCUGCUCCAAUCUCUGCUGAAGCAGCGAGCAGAUCCGAACGACAGGAUCUGGAAGACUUGCCCCAAGUUGGGCAUCAGCCGGAACACUUCCCUGUUGGCCGUCUGUGCCUUCAACGGCCACAACGAGUGCCUCAGGCUUCUGAUCGCACAGCGGGCCGGUGUCGAUGCCAAGGAUGUGAUCAAGUCGGGCCCCCUGCAUGCAGCCUGUGGAGCCAACAAUGCAGAAGCUGUGCGCAUGCUGUGUGCCGUGGGCGCAGAUCAAAGUCUGAAGACUGCGAGAUCCUGUCUGAGCCUCACACCCUUUGCCACGGCCUGCACCUUUGGCUGCGUGCAGACUAUGAAGGUCCUUCUGAUGCAGGCGCCGCAGCCACUGAAGCUGAUGCUGUACCUCAUGAUGGCGUUUCAGAAUGCCAGCGUGGAGUCGGCGGCCACCUUGCUGCAGGCUCGGGCCGACAUCAACGAGCGAUUUUGUCCGACGACGGGCUCGACCUUGUGGAUGGUGAAUGCGGCUAUGCGCGUGAAGCACCGCUGGCGGCCUACAACCUUCACCUCGGUAGCCGUGAACAGCUGGGGUGCUACGCCCCUGAUGGUCAGCAUCGUGGCGGGCCUCUUCGAUGUUGCAGCUUUCCUGAUCGUGGCCCGGGCCGAGUUGGAGAUCCGGAACACCCGUGGUAAGACGGCCGUGAUGCUAGCUGAAGAGAUGCAGGCACCGGACUUCCUUGUAGCGGCCUUAUCAGGUGCCGGCCGAGCUGACUACCUAGCCCAUGAGAUUGCGGGUGGACUGACAGGAAGCGCCACCCUCAACAUGCUGCCGUUUGGGUCCCUGGUGACGCUUGAGCUGUAA